GCUCUGGGUGUCCAACUCCUCCUAUUUAGGAUUAGCGUUAGGUAGGCCUGGGCGUCAGGGGUUGGGCGGUCCUCCCUCCCCGCCUGAAGCGAGGCGGGACAGUUGUUGCUGAGGUGAGGUCUAGUAAAUGGUGAAGUAUUUCCUGGCCUGGGGGCAUCUGGGACCGUGGGGUCUCGGUGGCGUGGAGUCGGAGAGGAGCCCGACCCGCGGGGAAACCCAGUCUUGCCAACGGAGCGGGCCCGGCGCAGCCCUCAGGUCUGUGGUGCUAGUGGAGCCGAGGCACGGCCUUGGGUGGCCCGCUGACAGCUCCUUCGGCCCGGACCUGGGAACGCGGCGGAGCCCUCGGCUGCGUGGACCCCAGCCCUUGCAACCUCUCUUUUCCUUCUAUCCACCUGCAGUCCCAGGCUGUAGAAGGGACCGCGGGCGUUCUGAGUUCUCAAGCCCCAUUUCAUUUUCUGUCUCCGGGUGCAUACCUUAAUGUGAGGUGAUUCCUAAGCAGCUGGGAACCUGAGGCUGUAAAAGGGGCUGCAGGAAAUGGACUGCAUUGUAAAAUCCAGAAGCAGAACUGGAAGGUUUAACCACUGACCCAUUUCACAGGUACUGUAUAGCACAUUUUAUUUGCCAUUCUCUUUUUGAUGGACAUUGGUUGUUCCCAGUUUUUCAACUUAUAGACAAUGCUGCAGGGAAAUCCUGAAUGUCUCAUGCAUCCAUGGACCAAAAGAUGGAGUUGGUUUUUAUUUUUAAGAAGAUAUUAUCAAUGAUCUGAUAUAACUAUAAAUAUUCACUUGAUGAAGUUGCAUGGACUCAUCAUCAGGUUGGACUAGUGGUUAUUUUUGAAAGUUUCUUCAACUGAAGUUACUAUUUGAAAAUUCAAGCAUCCAAGAACAUUGGGUUUGGAAUGGCAUAAUGAUGUAUUUUCUCUGAGGACUGCAAAUUUCAUAGAGACCACACUGAAUUCCAGUUGGAUUCCAGUUAUAUUCUUCAAUCAAAGUGAUUCAGUCCUUUGAUAAAGUUAAUUUUGAAUAGUUUUAUGUUUAUGAACGACGCCAAAAGAUGGGAGAAAAAAAUGGUGAUGCAAAAACUUUCUGGAUGGAGCUAGAAGAUGAUGGAAAAGUGGACUUCAUAUUUGAACAAGUGCAAAAUGUGCUGCAAUCACUGAAACAAAAGAUCAAAGAUGGGUCUGCCACAAAUAAAGAAUACAUCCAAGCAAUGAUUCUAGUGAAUGAAGCAACCAUAAGUAACAAUUCAACAUUGAUAAAGGAUCAUACAUCUGUGACCCAGAAUGAAUGGGAAAACAAAUCAGGUUCAUUGCCCUCUACAUCAUAUGGAGAUUCCUUUCCAGAAGACUGUACAUUUCUAUCUACAAAAAAUAAGGAAAUUCCUCCUUUGGAAAAUAAAGUUGCAUACAUCAGAGAAAAGAAGUCAUCUUUGAAUCUAUCUUACCGAAGUCAUGACUGCUCUCGAACUUGUCUGAUGAAAAUACCACUUACCUUCAAGGGAGAAAACCCUCUGCAGCUACCAAUCAAAUGCCACUUCCAAAGACGACAUGCAAAGACAAACUCUCAUUCUUCAGCACUCCAUGUGAGUUAUAAAACCCCUUGUGGAAGGAGUCUACGAAAUGUGGAAGAAGUUUUCCGUUACCUGCUUGAGACAGAGUGUAACUUUUUAUUUACAGAUAACUUUUCUUUCAAUACCUAUGUUCAGUUGACUCGGAAUUACCCAAAACAAGAAGAAAUUGUUUCUGAUGUGGAUAUUAGCAAUGGAGUGGAAUCGGUACCCAUUUCUUUCUGUAAUGAAAUUGACAAUAGAAAGCUUCCACAGUUUAAGUACAGAAGGACUAUGUGGCCACGAGCAUAUUAUCUAAACAGCUUUACCAACAUGUUUACUGAUUCGUGUGACUGUUCUGAGGGCUGCAUAGACAUAACAAAAUGUGCAUGUCUUCAGCUGACAGCGAGGAAUGCCAAGACUUGCCCCUUGUCAAGUAAUAAAAUAACCACUGGAUAUAAAUAUAAAAGACUACAGAGACAAAUACCUACUGGCAUUUAUGAAUGCAGCCUGUUGUGCAAGUGUAAUCGACGAAUGUGUCAAAACCGAGUUGUCCAGCAUGGACCUCAAGUGAGGCUACAGGUCUUCAAAACUGAGAAGAAGGGAUGGGGAGUACGCUGCCUAGAUGACAUUGACAGAGGGACAUUUGUUUGCAUUUAUUCAGGAAGAUUACUAAGCAGAUCUAACACUGAGAAACCUGAUGCUAUUGAUGAAAAUGGAAAAGAAGAGAAUAUUAUGAAAAAUAUGUUUUCAAAAAAGAGGAAAAUAGAAGUUGCAGAUUGUGAGGUUGAAGUUAUCCCAUUAGAACUGGAAACACAUAGAAGUGCUGAGACUGAGGAGUGUCUCCCUACGUUCAAUAAUAAUUUAAAAGAGCCUGUUAUAGAAAUGAAAUGUAACAAUAUUUCAAGAAUUCAGUAUCAUUCAGUCAUUAGAAGUCCUAAAGUGAAGACAGCCAUUAUUCAACGCAAUGGGAAAAGGAUGGGAUUUGCUUCCUCAGAGUCUGUCACCUCAGAAGAUAAUGAUGGAUUUAAACCAGCCCAAGUGCAUCUGAACUCCAAAGCCAAGGAAAUGAAAAAGGAUUCAAGCUCCUACCAAGUUAAAGACUCUGAAGACAAUCUGCAGAUUGAAUCAGAUGUGAUAGAUAUAACUAAAUGUAGAGAAGAAACUCCAUCAGGGGGCAGAUGUAACCAAGCAGCCACAUUGGAUAAACAGAGUAUUACAAAGGAGUUCAAGGCUCAAAUGCAAAAGCCCCAAGAGGAAAGAUCUCCAGCAUAUCAAAACCAUCAAGUCUUUUGUGAAAAAGAGUUCCCAAGUGAAACCAAGAAUAUUUCACCUGAUUCUCUAAAGAAGUUUAAUAAAGGGAACGUGUUUUUAUUGGAUGCCACAAAAGAAGGGAAUGUGGGCCGCUUCCUUAAUCAUAGUUGUUGCCCAAAUCUUUUGGUACAGAAUGUUUUUGUAGAAACACGUGACAGGAAUUUUCCACUGGUGGCGUUCUUCACCAACAGGUAUGUGAAAGCAAGAACAGAACUAACAUGGGAUUAUGGGUAUGAAGCUGGGACUAUGCCUGAGAAAGAAAUCCUCUGCCAAUGUGGGGUUAAUAAGUGUAGGAAGAAAAUAUUAUAAAUCUUUAGCUAAUGCCUAUUGAUGAGAUUAGCUUAUCGUGCUGCAAUUAGAGCCAUGCAGGAGAACCUUCAACCUAGGAAUUAACCUAGGCUGUGAUCCAUCAAGAGAAUUCUUCUCAGUUUACCCUUGUCAGGGAAUUCGUUUGUAUGACUUAGAAAUGCUAGGAACAAAAUAAGGACAUUUUCAUAUGCAUAGGCUAUCUCUUUAUUCUUUCUGCUGUUCAACUUUACACAAGUGGGAUGAAGUGUAUAUUUUAUAUGACAUACCAUUAUACAGUUUGUAACUUAUUUGUAAAUUAUAUAUUAAGAGAAACAAAUGUUACAAUAGAAUUCAAUUGUUCUUAUUUACUUUUGUGAUUAUUAUCUUUGAGUUCAUGCCCCCAAAGGGCCAAAUUUCACAUCUUUACCUACAAAAUUUAUGCUUAAUUCUUGGCAAAUAAUUUACCAUUAUGAGCCAUAGGUGGGCAACACAGCCUGAAGAAUAUGUAAGAACUAACUUUACACAUAUUACUUCCAAGUAUUUUAACACUAGUUGGAGAAGCUCUGGCUGCAUGCAACUCUGUCUCAUCAAACCAUUUGACUGCUAAGAGGGAGAAGCUCUCCUAUUGGGAGGCUUUUGGCAAAUUCUUUGAGAUGGAACUUCUUUUCCACAGAUUCUCCUUACUACUCCAGCAAACAUAGACAAGAAAAGAGGGAAUAAAAACCCAGAGGAAUUAGAAUAUUUUUGUUCUAGGUAGAGGAGAGCCAUAAGAAAACUUAGAAACUAGUCAGACUUGGCUUAUUUAGGCCCUCCAGAAGGGAUUGUGCUGGGCAAGAAUUUCACUUAAUAAAACAAAACAAAGCAAUUCCACUGAGUUUGUAAAGUCUGGAACAGCUUCUUGGAUUCUCCUGGGUAUGAUGUGCAGAUUGCGUUUGUGGAGAGAAAGGGAGUAAUACUCUGCUAUAGGUUACCCAGCCCUGAUCAUGGAGUGGAAAAGGGACUAGGAAUCUCCAGGUGUCAAAACUAAUUUUAUCCAUAACAAAGUUUUACAUUUGGCUGCCAGGAACUUCCCCCUUGGAACCAGAAGAGGAAUACUAGCUCAAAAAGAAGUAUUUAAUUAAAAGUAGUUCUGGCUUUUGAGAAGUUUUAUGUCUUUUUUCUUUCUUUUUUUCUAUACUCGAUUCUGGGUUUAGUUUGGUUACUGUUCAAAUAAAACUGUGUUCUAAGUUUGGACCCAAUUUAAUUGCUUAAAAAUAUUGAACUAGAUGAAAAUUUAACUUGAAAUUGUUUUAGAGAAAGGGAAACCGAUGAACUAGGAAAAGGAGCAAAAAGUUAUAACCUAAUAGCCUGUUAAGAUGAGGAAAGUUAAGUCCACUUAUUUGCAGUAAAGAUGUAGAAAUUUUAGGCAGUACACUGAAAGUGAAGAUACUUGAUAAGUAUGGGAAUUAUUUUUGUACAUAAAUCCUGACAUCUUGAUCUGUUUCACAACUGUCACCCUCCAUCAAUGUCCUAGAGAUUCCCUUUGUCUCUCUUAUGUCAGAUCUGUUUCCAGUUAAAUUCCAUUAUUUCCCUUUUCCUUGGUUUUCUCCCACAUAUUGGUGAAGGACAUCUUCCAGUUGUUUUUGAAAAGGAAAAUUGAGAGGUAAAUAUUUUGAGACCUUGCAUGUUUAAACAUGUUAUUUUACCCUUACACUUAACUUGGUUGCUAUUUUUUCAGUGUAUAGAAUUCUUGAGUAACCUCCAUACACAAUUUUGAAGGCUUCUGCUAGCUUCCAGUGCUGCUGCUAUGAAAUCUGAAAAUGGUCUCCUUUCUGUCUUCCAUGGUGACUACUAAAGUCAGAUGUCAUUCUCUUCCUUAUCUUUGUAUAUAUGACCAGUUUUUAUCUCUCUCGAAGCUGACAGAAUUAUCUUUGUCCAGUGUUCUGUUUCUGGUAAGGUCCAUUUGCAUCCUUCAUCCUGGGUGUUUGGUGGGAUCUUUCAAUCUGAAAUCUUUGUCCUUCAGGGAAAUUAUCUUGAACCAUUUCUUUAGUGAUUCUUCAUGUGUUCAUUCUUUCUUUCUUUAUAGAACUCUUGUUAUUCAGAUAUCAGACUUCCAGGAUUGGCUCUCUAAAUUUCUUUUCUUUUUUUUAGAGUUGUGAUUUUUUUUUUUUUCAAGUUUACUUACUUAAUCUCUACACCCAAUGUGGGGCUCAAACUUACAACGCUGAGAUCAAAAGUUGCAUGCUGUUCCAACUGAGCCAGCCACGUGCCCCAAAUUUUCUCUUUAUUUUCAGCUAUCUUUUUGCUGUACUUUCAGGGACAUUUUCUCAAUUUAAAUCUUCCAAUAUGUCAGUUGUGCUUUAUUUUUUCUGGUCUCAUAUUCUUCAUUUCUAGAGCUCUCUUCUCUGGAUUUCUUUAACAGCAUCCUGUUUUGGGUUCAUGUCUGUGGUGUCUUAUCUCUUUGAAAAUACCAUGAUGUGUACACACGCAUUCAUAUCUAUAUUCUUCCUGCAUAUUUUGUGACUUCGAAGGUUUAUUUCUUGUUUUCCCUGUAUGUAUCCUUUGGUCUUUGUUUUUCAUGUUAUAGGCUUUCCUCAGUUUGUGAUCUUGGCAGUCUACACAUAAGAGUAGAACAUUAUAAAAGGCUGAGAUUGAAAGCUGAGAGUGGGAGAUGGGUCUCUUCGAGUGUCACAUCAUAACCGAGCUGAGCUAUCAGUCUCUAAUUGUCUCUUUUAGGGCUUUGUUUGGCUGAUUGAAGGGCAAAAACGGGGCUGCCAGAGUGUGUUCUUAUUUCCCCUUUGCGCUCCAUUCUUCUGUAAUCCAUUUCUAUAUUUGUCAAGACUAUCCAAGCUAUCUUUUUACAUAUUCUCUUUUCUACUAUCCCCAGUUUGCCUCUCUUCCCUUUAAACCUCAAAAUGCAAAAAAUAAUAAUAAUAAAACCUCAAAAUGCAAGGUUUUCCUUUAAUUCCUCAGCAAACCACCAACUAUUAUAUGCUUCUUUUCCAAAACUUUUUUUUUAAUCUGUAAUUAUAUGCAUUUGUGUUCUCUACAUGUAUAUUUUGUUACAUGCACUGAAAACCUCGUCUUGUAUGGUGCUGUGUACCCCAUGGGUGCUAAAUAAAGAUUUGCGA